AUGCCAGUCAUCAUGCAAAGCUUUGGGUUUGUCAAGUUCAUGCUGUCUUUAGGAAGACAAUGUUUAGAGUACUAUGGUUUACCUCAGCCUUCUUUAAAUAAACACAUAAAUGCGCGGCAUUUGGAUGAACACGAAAUCGAGUGGCACCACUGCACUCAGUGUUCUUACAAGUGCAAAGACAAAGGCAGUUUGAAAGGCCACAUUAACGCACUACAUCUGGACGAUCAGGACGCCAAAUGGUACGAAUGCAAGCAGUGUCCGUACAAAACUAGAAUUUGUUCGAAUUUACGAAGCCACACGAAAGCCCGACAUUCGAAUCGGGAAAGUAUCACGUGGUAUCAGUGCAACGAGUGUCCCUUUAAAACCAAGCAAGUGAGAAUUUUACGCAGACACAAAAACGCGCGCCAUUUCAAGGGGGCAAAUAUCACGUGGUAUCAGUGCGAGGAGUGCGCAUUUACAACAAAAGACGAGAGUGUUUUAGAGAAACAUCGGGUGAACGGGCGACAUUUGGACCGAGACGAAAUCAAAUGGUACCAUUGUGAACAAUGCCAAUACAAAACCCAGUACCACUCGACUUUAAAUUCACACAUAAAUGCGCGGCAUUUGGACGAAGCCGAAAUCAAGUGGCACCACUGCAAUGAGUGUCCUUUCAAGAGUAAAGAAAAAGGCAGUUUGAAAAAUCACAUUAACGCACGGCAUAGGGACGACCAGGACGGGAAAUGGUAUGAAUGCGAACAGUGUCCGCACAAAACUAGGCAGCGUUCAAAUUUAAAAACUCACGUGAGGAAGUGGCAUUUGAGUGGGAAAGACGUGACCUGGUGUCAGUGCGCCGAGUGUCCAUUUAGAACGAAACACAAGGGGGUUUUACAGAGGCACGCAAAAGCGCGCCAUUUGGGCGCAAGAGAGGUUAAAUAG